GAAACCAUCAAGCUUCCUGGCCGGCCAAAGAAGGUAAGAAGAAGAGAGCCAGAUGAGCCACCAGCUACAACAACUUCUCGAGGACAAACAAAGAGACUGUCUAGAGUUGAUCUAAUGGAUUAUAAGUGCAGAAAGUGUAAACAGAAGGGCCACAAUAGUAGGAAGUGUCCAAGCAGUCAUGAUCAAGAGAAUAUCCAGCAACAAGCUACUGCGGUUACAAGUAGCUCUCAAUCACAACAGCAGACUCCCAACGCUAUGAAUCCUGGUGCAAACAAGCAGUCCCAACCUCAGCAGUCCAAUUUCACACCUGAAGCAGUUUUUGGUGCAAGUGGCUUGGAGACUGAUACAAAUGACCAAGUCUUGUUUGAUCUCAUCAGUCAAAUCCCAGAUCAACCUACAACCAGCCAACCACCUACUUCAACAUUGACAACAAAGAAUGCAACAUCUCCAGUUCAUGUUUCUCUACUUGUUCAUACUAAUAAUAGCAUGUUGACUUCUUUCUAUACUAUUAUUUAUUUACUUGAAUUUCUGGUUGCCAAUUGUCAGGGUAAGAAAGUCAAGUACAGAUGUGGUGUAUGUCGGAGAUUUGGACACACUCGAAGUAGUUGUGAUUCAACAUUGGCCUCUCUCUAUAAGAGACACCCAUGGGAACCACCUGGAUUGGCUAGGCCCAAGAAUACUGCAAAUAUAUCUACUUCUAAAAGUGCUGCAAAGAGGGCUAAAAAGGCCUAGAUGACUGGCCUGUUAUUGCAAAGAGGGAUGACUGCAAAGAUAUCUACAAAAGAGUGCUGCAAAUGGUGGAUAUAAUAAAGAAUCCACAAAAGAGUGCUGCAAAUGGAUUAUUUUUCGCCUUUUUUGUCUUGUAUUUGACUUCAGCAGACCUUUUUUUGGAGCAAUGGAAUUGAUUUCUUAGU